AUGGAAGUUGUACUGGGUCUUGGCGACCAAGGCCGGGCUGCCGGAGCGGAAGGGGCAGCCUCCGUCGCCUCGCAAGGGGGGCGGCGAAGGUCCCCCCAUCGACGCACGGGGACACGACCAUUCGGAGGAACAGGCGGCGAUAGCGCCAUAAUAAUGCAAGAGCUGCGCCACCGAGUCCAGAACCUGGAGCGGCAGCUUGCCGACAGGGAGCGGGACGGACGCUCUACCGAUCCGAGCUAUACACCGUCUCCCGGAAGCGAGGAGGAAGACUCUUACCGAAGCCGCCCACGGACGAGGGAGGCAGAGAGUUCGCGGGAGGAGUCACCCAUAAUGAGGAGACGAAAUGACACGAUCAUCUACUCCCGAGGCAGACCGACCCAUCGAGCGACAAGAGGUCGCGAAGACGGAAGAACACGACAACCUGUGAUAAUGGGCGCCACCCCGUUCCACCGAUCUAUCCUCGAGGUCCGGCUGCCGAAACACUUCGACAAGCCAACGGACAUGAGGUACGACGGAACUCAAGACCCUCUAGAACACCUGACGGCCUUCGAGGCCAGGAUGAAUCUAGAGGGAGUAGGCGACGAAGUGAGAUGCCGUGCCUUCCCGGUGACCUUAGCAGGACCAGCGAUCAAAUGGUUUAACGGCCUCCCUCAAGGUUCUAUCUACAAUUUCUCAGACAUCAGCCGCGCAUUCCUGGCUCAAUUCACAACGCGAAUAGCAAAGGCCAAGUAUCAUAUCAACCUUCUCGGGGUAACCCAAAGACAGGGAGAGCCGACCAGGAGGUACUUAGAUCGGUUCAACGACGAAUGCUUGGAAAUCGACGGCUUAACCGAUUCGGUGGCCAGUCUCUGCCUGACGAACGGCCUCCUUAACGAGAACUUCCGAAAGCACCUUACAACGAAACCGGUUUGGACGAUGCAUGAAAUCCAAACGGUGGCCAAAGAAUACAUAAACGAUGAAGAAGUCAGCCGAGUCGUGGCUGCCAAUAAGCGGCAGUCUGGUUACGGCCAGGCUCGUCAGUUCGGUGGCGACGGGGAGAGGGCGAAAGAAAAGGCCAGGGAGGAGGCGCCAAACAAAGCACCUAGACCGUUCCCUCGAGUGGGGAAAUUUACUAACUACACUCCACUCACCCUCCCCAUCAUGGAAGUCUACCAACAAAUUGCGGAGAAAGGAAUUCUCCCGAAGCCCCGACCACUCAAGGACCGCACAGGCGGAAACAAGAACCUUUAUUGUGAUUACCAUAAGGGAUAUGGCCACCAAACGCAGGACUGUUUCGACUUGAAGGAUGCAUUAGAGCAAGCGAUAAGGGAAGGAAAGCUGGCAGCGUUCUCCCAUCUCAUCAGGAGCCGAGAAGGCGUUAUCGCGACCAGGACGAGGAAGGCAAGACACGCCCGGUCAAGCGGCGACAAGAGCCUGAAGACAGAGACCACGGCCUCACGGUGA